AAACAGCAAAAACUUCAUUAGAGAACAACUGAGUCGAGGUAAGAGCUACAUGAUGAGUGCUGCUCAGAGUCAGACAACAAUGGAAGCCAAACUUGGGGCCCUGCAGUGCCACUUCACCUGGGACCUGGACUCCAGCAAGUCCGAACUGUUCAUUCUCAGGGACAUGCUGGAGGACAUCGGCACUGAGGAGGGAAACAGCUGGCUGGGUCACAUUUACAACCUGCAGGGGUACAUUCACUACCAGCUGGGCUUCACGGAAGAUGCCCGGCGUUUCUUCAGCAGGGCUGCAGAGGGCUUCCACCAGAUGAGAAACACUGGCUCAGAUGAAGGUCCCUGGUUGGUGGUGAACUAUGGGAACCUGGCUUGGUUGCACCACCAGCUGGGAGAACAAGUAGAGAGUCAGACUUACCUGUCAAAGGUCGACACCCUGCUGAAAGAAUACCCAUCUCCAUCAGAGGAUGAGCUUCAUCCAGAGAUCUACGCUGAAAAAGCCUGGACCCUGAUGAAGUUUGGCAGAGACAAAACACUGCUGGCUGCAGAUUACUUUGAGAGAGCCAUCAGGAUGAAGCCAGACAUGGUGGAGUGGCAGACCAGUCAUGUGAUAGCUUUGGUGAAUGUUUAUGGGCAUGGUGACAAACUACUGGAUGAAAACAUCCUGGAGAAAAUGAGAAUCGCCAAAGAAAACGACCCAGACAACUUGUACCUUGCUGCUCUGUACCUUCAGGCAUGUGCAAAGAAAGUAAGAACAUCUGAAGAUGAAGUACGUGAGUUGGCAAAUAAGGUUUUGAAAAAGCCACCAAGCAGCUACAGUGGUAUAAGACCAUUACUAAGGCUGUACAGAAUGUAUGUAUCUAAGGAUGAGGCUAUUGAUUUGGCAAAGAAGGCUCUGAAAAGACAUCCAGAUGAACGUCUUCUAAAGAGGUAUACCGCAAUCUGCUACAAAUGGAGGAUUUAUUCAGACAGUCACCCGGAGCAAAGCAUGAUAGACAAAGCAAUCAGUCUCCAUAAAGAAGUGAUCUCUCUUUACCCUGAUUCCUCACUUGAAAUAAAACUAGCCUUCGUAAACAUAGUCGCAAAGUCAAAUCAUGGCCAGGCUGAAGCUGACCAGAUUUACGAGGAUCUGCUAAAAAGUGAUCUGGAACGUGCAGACAGACAGAUGUUGUAUAACUGCUAUGCCAAACAUGUAUUCUUCAUUCAUAAUGAGAGCAACAAGUCAGUAGAAUAUCACAUGAAGGCAGCAGAGAUACCACAUCAGUCUCGCUAUCGUGAGAGCAGCAUCAGAGAGCUGAAGAAAAGUAUAAGAAGAAGACACUACAUGAGUGGAAAAAUAAUACAUUUUCUUGAUAAGCUGCAGAGUAAGAGCCAAUAA